AUGGUAAAGGAGAAAAAAGAGGAAAAAGAAGAGGAUGAAAGUGAUGAUGAAGAAGAAAAUUCAGCAUAAAGCAUGAAUUCUGAAGAUGAAAAUAUUCUGUAGAAAUUAGAAAGAUUCAGUCAAAAUGAAUCAUAAAAAUAUUAAGAUUUUGUUUAAGCAAUUUUACAAGGAGAAGAGUAAAAAUUGUUUGAUCAAAUCUAGCAUCAAAAGUUAGCUUAUAUAGAAAAACGAAAGGAACUUAAAUUGGUAAAGGAGGAAUACUAGAAUUAGAUGAAUUAGUACUUAGAGUUCAUAUCAUAAAAUCAACUUUGA